UUUCCACAACCUCUCCUCUCCUCUCAGAAUGUCCAGGAGCCUGAAGCAAGUGGCUGUGCUGCUUGUGGCACUUCUGUGCCUGGAUCCUCAUGGUCGGGUCGGCUCCGCACCCAUCUGUGCACACGGGCCAUCAGGAUGCCACAUCCCGUCCCUGGCAGAUCUCUUCGACAGGGUCAUUCAACACUCUGCCAGAAUGCACAGCCUCUCCAACGAUCUGCACUCAGAGUUUGAACAGUAUUUCCUGCCCAGCAAAAACCAUAUUGGAAAGAUCUACCGCAAGUGUCACACCUCCAACAUUUUGACUCCAAACGGCAAAGAGAAUGCACAGAAACUAGCUCGUGAAGAGUUAACGGAGGUGAUUCUUAAACUGCUGAUGGCCUGGAGGGACCCCCUGUUCCAGCUGCACCAGAGCAUGGCUCACCAACAGGACUUCAACAGCUUCAGCAGUAACAAAGCCCUGGAGAUGGGGGACAUGGCCCAUGAGCUGAGGAAAGGGGUGGAGAAAGUAGCUGAGAAGAUGCGAGUACUGGGAAUGCUUGGCAACUCUGUGACAGGUCUGUCAGCAGCAGAAGCCAUGCUGCCUCUCUCUGACAGCGGAGAGGCCAUGAGCGACUACGAGCUCCUGUACUGCUUUCGCCGUGAUUCGAACAAAGUCCAGAACUAUCUAAAGAUCCUUAAGUGCAGAAUUGUACCUGAGCAUGACUGUUAGGAAAAGAAAAAAAACAAAAAACAUUGGCCUUUCACCUGCACUACUGGACAGCACAAAGGACACAUGCUGGUCCACACUUAUCAAGCAUGUUUGACUCUGCACCAUCAGUUAAGACUUCACCAGAUCCCAGUAAAUAAACCUGACUUUUUGCAUCUUUUUGCUUCAUACUCUAGCACUCCAAACCAAUUCAUUGCUGUAAUUAUCAAAAACAUACAUAUAGUAUGAGAGCGGGAAACUGUUUCGCCUUUAAAUACCUUAAAAGUCAAUUCAUUCUUUAAAAUAUUUUUCUAUGUACCAAGUGCUUACUAUUUAUAAUUCCACAUAAGUUAAACUCCUCUGAAUCAUAUUUUCAUUUUAUGCUUUCAAAUUUUUGCAGUGGCAAAGCAAAUUUUCGCUGAAUGAACUGAGCUGACAAAACAAAAUUACAAUAAAACUGUAGA